AGAAUUAAUAUAUUAUAUAAAUAACUACAAUUUGAAGUCAUAUAAGUUAUAUUUCUACCUCUGGUAAAGUCUAAUACGUGUAGAAGAUGAACAGCGUACUGGUCCUACUUUUCACGUUGACACUGUUCAAUUUCAUAGACGCAGCUGAAAUAGAAUGCAGGGGAAUCAAAUUCAAAUGUGAACAAUCCCCACGGUCUUGCCCGGUAAACCAGACUCUGGUUCCGGAGAAAUGCUCGUGCGGCUGUACUAAGUGCGAACCCAAUCCCCCUUAUGGAGGUGUGGGAUCGUCUUGCGUAACUCCAAUUGUUGCGGGGAGACCAGCAAGUAACUGCGACCCAGGUCUAGCUUGCUGUAACCAUUUUUGCGUGAGACCGGAACAUUGCUGCUACAUUUUACCUUAGUGUACCGUUGCCAGUAAUAAACGAAAGCUGCUUACAUC